AUGCUAUUAUUAUUUCCAGAAAGAAAUUCUAAGACUUUUUUAGAAGUAAUGAAUGAGAUUUUUUAUAAUAUAAUGAACUUUAAUAAAUUUGAAGGAGAGUUAGAAUAUAAGAGCAUUAGUAGUUUAUUGAAAUAUAGUAGGAUAUUUAUAAUAAUAUUAGAUGGAACUUGGUCUCAAGCUAAAAAUAUGAACAAAAAUAUUCCUAGAUAUAUUCCAAGAGUUAGAAUAACAUCAAAGGAUAUUUCAGAUUUUGGACCUUUAAGGGAACAGACAAAGAUUGGGAAUAUUUUAACUAUUGAAACUGAUAAAAGUAGUAAUAUUGAGAAUAUAGAUACUAUUUCAAAAUUAUUACUUAAAUGUUUGGAUAUAUUAAUAAGAAAUGUUCUUAAUCAAUGCAAACGAGAAUAUUUAAGUGAAGUUUUAAUGAAUAGGAAUGAAAGAAAAUUUCUAAAAAAUAUAGAUGGUAAUAUUUAA